UACGGCAUACUGUAUGGCAGACACUCUUAUCCAGAGCGACCUACAUUUUAUCUCAUUACACAUCUGAAUAGUGGAGGGUUAAGUGCCUUGCUCGAGGUUCCAACAGUGGCAGGUUUAUAAUGCUGUGGUUUGUAUCUGGGACCUUCUGGUCAGUCAGUAGCCCAAAACCUUGGCCAGGGGUUAAGAAACCACAAGACAGUGUGUAAAGGCUGCAGGGAAAAGGAGGAGUGAAAGACAGAGGUGAGAGAGAGGGAGAUGCUGGAAUGACAGGUAUGAUCCCUGUUUUUCUCCCUAAACCUGCUUUGUGAGUGAAGCCCCGCCCCUUGUCACCUGAAAGGUGCCAGUGUCUCACUCUAACCCACCACACACUCAAUUCUCAUAGUGUGAAAAAUAAAUCUGCUUGCAAUUGCUACACUCUUAUUUUGGGGUGUUUAGUGCGUUAGUUCAUUAUUUAAACAAACAAAAAAAAUGAGUAGGGUUCGUUUAUGGACGGAGGAGCAGUUUAACUGCCCCGUUUGCCUCGACUUGCCCCGGGACCCUGUGACUAUCCCGUGCGGUCACAGUUACUGUAUGGAGUGCAUCUCAGGCUACUGGAAAUCCGAGGAGAGAAAGACCGGGUCGUGCAGCUGCCCCGAGUGCCGCCAGUCCUUCUCCCCUCGGCCCGCGCUGUGCCGGAACACCAUGCUGGCGGAGGCCGUGGAGCAGCUCCGCCAGGGCAGCCUCAGCACGACGGCGCGCGAGUCCAUCCGCAACGCGCGCCGCGCCGCCGCCUCCGCGUCCGAGCGCGGGGCGCGCGACCGCGAAGCCGGCGCGAAACCGCUGCCUGGCUCGCGCGUGCCCUGCGACCGGUGCGUGGAGCCGAGAGCGGCGGCGAAGACCUGCCUCACGUGCAUGGCGUCGUUCUGCGAGAGCCACCUGAAGCCGCACGACACGCAGCCCAAGCUGAAGGGCCACGAGCUCAUCGCGCCCACCGGAGACCUGACGCAGAAGAUGUGCCCAGAGCACAAGUACCUGCACGAGUUCUACUGCCGCUCGUGCCAGACCUACGUCUGCUGGCUGUGCACGAGCAACCAGCACAAGGAGCACGAGACCGUCUCCACGCAAGCGGAGCGCGCGGAGAAACAGAAAACCCUGUUGUCGGUUCAGACAGAAAAUCUACAGAAGCUGCAGGAGAGAGAGAGGGAACUCAAAGACAUGAAGAAAGUCCUGGAGACCCUCAAGUCCUCUUCCGACAUGGUGAGCGAGGACACAGAUACGGAGCUGUGUGAGCUUCAGCACUCCUUGCAGCGCAUGGCGGAUCUGAUCCAGCAGGUGAUGAGCUCCAGUGGACAGGAGAAAAUCAAUGAGGCACAAGAGCUUGUGGACAAACUGUCGAAGGAGAUCAGUCAGAUGAGAAAGAAAGACUCUGAUUUAAAGGAACUGGUGACGUGUCAGGACAAUAUCUACUUUCUCAGGACAUAUCAGUGUCUUUGCUCUCCGGAGCUGACUGAGGUCGGCAGUUUUACUGUUAAUCCCGACGCCUCAUUUGAUCCUGUACGGAACAUUGUUUUGGAUCUCAGGGAGAAAGUGGAGAACAUGUGCAACCAGGAGCUGGACAAAAUUAAUAAGACAGUGUUCAACACAGCGCCGUUCACAGUGACUGACCAACAGAGCGGACAGGGCGGACAGAAGUCAGGCAUAUUGAAAUUGUUUUCAGGAAUCAGUGGCAAAACAUCAAGCAGUAGUCGCACACAAGCGGGUCCCCCUUCACUUCCUUCUGUGAGUGCUCGAGGCCCAGUUGGUAGAGGACCGAACACCCCAAGACCAAGAGGAAGCACCAACAGUCAGGAUAGAGAACAAGUUGGUAGAGGGACAAACACCCCAAGACCAAGACAAAGCAACAGCAAAGAGGAGAGAGAACAAGCUAAUAACCGGAGUAUGAAUUCUCUGAGACCAAGUGAGAGACAGAGGAGAGAAGAGCGAGAGCAAGACAGAGAGACCGAUAUCUCACCAAGAUCUCAAAGCAGGCAAAACAGAAGCACAAAUGAUAAUGAGGCUGACACUUGGAGUGUCCGUUCUCUGAGGCAGUCGACACAGGGGAGGGAAAGCCGAAAGCAGGCGGACAACUGGAAUAUAUGUUCUGACAUGUCCAGAUCGGGAGGAGAGGAGAAAGAGACGGUGAAUGGAGAGAGAAUACAGCGUUCCCAGAGACCACAAGAGACACAGAUGACCAGACAGCAACCAGAGAGACAAUCUGACAGUUGGAGCUUAAGUUCCAUCAGGUCAAUCAGAGGCAGAGACAAGAGAGAAGAGAGAGAGACAGCUAAUUCUGAUGUACAGAGCUCACCUAGGACUCAGCAGAUGGCAACGGUCAGACAGCAGCCUGAAAGACAAUCCGAUCGCUGGAGUCUGAGCUCACUGUUACCCAGAAACCGGAAGAAGAGACAAGAAUCAGUCAAACAGGCCACACCUAUUCAACAGGAAGUAGAGUCUUCUCACGAUGACUGGGGAAACCAGACUGAAGUAAACCCUGGACUUUUCCUGGACUCUCCUUCACCAAAUCCCUCAUUCAUUCCUGCCUUUCCAGCAUCAACGUUCCACUCCGUUUCCCCGGGUGUGAGAGAGAUUGACAUCGACAGCAUUCAGGCUCCGGAGCCGAGAAGCAGAGAUGAGUUCCUUCAGUAUGCCUGCGAUUUAAACUUUGACCCUAACACGGCUCAUCGACGUUUAGUUCUUAGUGAAGAUUCCACCAAGGCAACACUGCAGGCCUCUACUCAGUCAUACCCUGAUGUCCCUGAGCGAUUUAAUGGCUGGACGCAGAUUUUCAGCCUCCAGCCGCUCAGCUCAGCUCGGUGUUACUGGGAGGUGGAGUGGCGUGGACGGGGCUCUUCAGUGGGUGUGGCCAGUAGCGCCAUGCCUCGUAAAGGAGCGGAUGCAAGGGCAGGGCUUGGCUACAAUGCCCAGUCAUGGAGUCUUGAGUUGUCUGACAUGUGCUGUGCUGCUUUACACGCCAAUCAGAAGCAAGAGAUCCCAGUGACAUACUGUCCCCGAGUGGGUGUGUUUUUGAACCAGGAGGAUGAGACUCUGACCUUCUACGGUGUCGACGAUGUGCUCGUGCACCUGCACACUUUUUGCGGGGUCACAUCCAAUCAGCCGUUGUUUGCCGCGUUUGGCGUUGGGACCGGUGUCGGAGUCGGCCUCGACUUUGCCAUGGGAAACUUCAGCGCAUCCACAGACAGCAUUAAAAUCUGCACCAUCUGACCCAGAUUCUUGCAACUGUAAAGAAAUUGUUUGCUUAAUUUAUAUGAGAAUUAGUGUAAUAUUAAAUAUCAGACUGGCCUUAAUUUUCCUAUAUCAAUAACAGUAAUUACAGACUAUCACUAAUGGGUAUAUGAUAGGAAAAUGUCUUCCCUUGUCUUCUAAAAGUUUGAAAAGAAUUAAUUUGCUGGGUUCCAAUGUCUGCAGUUUCAUUAUACAUCAUAACUUUUAGCCCCGUUUAUUCAGGAGGAUACUGUUGUUAACACAAGGUUUUUAAGUGUAGAGUUGUUUGUUGCAUUUAUUAUCAAUACAGACAGCUAGAGUUUGGUUUGCCAUGGAAAACUUCCAUUUAGAACGUCUCGACAGAUAGUGAACACCACAAUUGUAGGGUUUCUUCUUAGAGCUUUAGCUAGCUCAUUUCUAUGUAUGAUGUUUAAAUAAGUCUAUUUGUUCCCCAUUUUAUCUUUAAUCCUACAUUUUAUUCAUAAUUUAAAUAAUUGAAUAAUUACUGUUCUUAAUUUGAUACUAUGUACUUCAUUGUCUGGGUUUUUUUCUCAACUCUUAAUAUGUAAUUCUGAUUUAACUUUAUGUCUGAACUUCAUUUAUGAACGUCUGAAAUAUUCAGUUCAAAUGAGACUCAGCCCUGAAGGAUUUAUUUGGGUUUCCAAACCGACCUCUCAAAUUGAAGAAGGUACUAGGAUGAAUAGUAAAUAACGAAAAAAAAAUGUCCAGUUGACAUGACUCAACUUCAAGACAACUUUAUCUGGACAACUGAUAAUAAAUAUUAAUUUAUAAAUAAAUAUCGCUGUUUAAUUAAAUUUUAAGUAAGUUGUAUGAACUAUUAGCUGCUAGUGUUCUUUUAACAAAAUCAUAUACAGAUGCAAGAGUGAUACCAAGCUGUGGGUUACCAAGGCCAUAAUAUGGGGUGAUGUCUCCAUAACCUGGUUUGUCCAUGGGUUCCCCACAAUUUACUGGCAUAUUACUUAAAUAUUCAUGUUAAUGAAAAAUUUACAUGGUUUACCCUGGGAUUUCUACCAUGUCCUCUGUCUCUGCAAUGCUACUGCACUCCAGGAGUACCAGGAGAGCAAACCUCAACAUUUUUCUGUGGUCCUAUGUAGACCAGCUGGAAAUCAUCCAGUCCAAUACACAGUGGACAUCACCGUGGUCCAUAGACUGGCUAAAUAUUCAGCACCUGCUACAUCACUUUUUUGGAAAUAUUUUUCCUAAUACAAAAAAAAAAAUCAGAAAUCUGGGUUGCAGAAAUUCUUGAAUCUUGGUUGCAGAGAAAGUGUUACUAAGUACUCAGUUGCAAUCAUUUAAAUAAUAAUCAAUAAUAACAUUAUGAAACCUUGUAUUGCAAGUAACUUGGUCUGUUUUGCAAGAUGAGCAAAAAUUUUCAAAUAAAUUUUAACUUGAUAAACGUGCAAGUCUUGACAUACGAGUAGUACACAUGCCAAGUAUUACGUAAUCACAAUUAAAAUGUUUUAGUGCGUAUAAGAGUCUCAUCACUGUACUGUGCUUAAAGUAUUCUGUAAUUCUGAUUUAACUUUAUGAAGUCCCAUUUUGACUUGAAUUAAACUUGCUUCU